CGCAGAACACGCUCGACUGCAGCACGCUGGCUGUGACGUUCAUAACAGAGGCAAGUCCGAACAUAUAUCUCCCAGCAUGUAAUAAAUAUCAGACGCCUAGCCUGUAUAAAGAAGCAGAUUUAACGCGUUUACGAGGAGACUUUUCCGUCCGGCGACAGAGAAAAUUAAAGUACAAUGUAAAGAGUGAGUAUUUUCGCAGUAGCUGUCACCUGUCAAGGCGGAAUUGUUGGGUGGAUUGAUGAUGAAGAUGAUGAAGAUGCACGACGAGGAGGAACUGACCAAAGCAGCCGCGACUGGAAGCACGGAGCGCGUUCGCGCUUUACUCUGUACCGGAGCGAGUGUGAACGGAGUGAACCGGUUCGGAAGAACCGCAUUACAGGUGAUGAUGAUGGGUAACACAGCUGUGGCUCGUCUGCUGCUGGAGCAUGGAGCAGAUCCUAAUGUGUCUGAUCCCGGGACCGGAAGCACCCCGUUACACGAUGCAGCCAGAUCCGGAUUCACCGACACAGUGCGUCUUUUCCUCCGCUUUGAGGCCGAUCCCAGCGCAGUGGAUCACCGCGGGAUGAGAGCCGUGGAUGUGGCCAGACACACUGGACAUCUGGACGUGGCUGAACUCCUCGACAGCCUUUAAACGCUUUCAUUUGUUUGGUUUCAUAUUUAUAACUUACUAUGAGAGAUUUAUAGCUAUACUUUAAAAGUAAAGGAAUAAGCACAACAGUUAAUGCACUUACGUUGUGUAGGAUAUAUUUGUAAUCCGUUUGCAAUAUUGUUUGUGUAUUUAUAUGCAUUAAACAUUUUAAGUGU